AUGUUUUCCAACGCCCUAAAGUCCUUCACCUCCAACAUCUCGAGCAACUACACCCUCAGCCCGCAACCCACGUCGCAUUCCGGGCCAUGGAAGAUCUACGAUGCGAAGAAGAAGUCGACUGGCAAGGCGGCGUCGGUCUUUGUCUUCGACAAGAAGUCGCUAGAACCACCAGCUGGCGCAGGCUUCGGCGGACGCUCAGCCGCUUCAGGACUCAAGCGCGCGCAUGAGGAGGUCGUCGAAAGACUCAAGAAAGAGGCCAGUUCUUUGGCUCGGCUACGACAUCCCAACGUGUUGGAGCUGGCUGAGCCUGUCGAGGAAACUCGUGGUGGCGGCCUCAUGUUUGCGACAGAGCCCGUCACUGCAUCCCUCGCUGGACUGCUGCAAGAAAAAGAUGAGCAGGAGAAGGCUGGCGGUGUUGGUGGACGUCGCAGCCGAUACGUCGUCGAAGAAGCCGAUGGCCAGAAGCGAAGACGCGAACUCGAAAUCGAUGAGCUGGAGAUACAGAAAGGGCUGUUACAAAUUGCAAAGGGCUUGGAAUUCCUGCACGAGAGCGCUGGAUUGGUCCACGCGAAUUUGACUCCAGAAGCCAUCUUUAUCAAUGCCAAAUCCGAUUGGAAGAUCUCUGGUCUGGGUUUCUCGACGCCUCCAGAGAACUCCACGAAGCCUACCUCUGUAACGCCCAUCUCGCUCUCAGAAGUCCUGAACCACGACGCCCGCCUGCCACGAUACGUUCAGUUGAACAUAGACUACUCGUCGCCCGACUUCAUCAUGGAUAACAACAUAACACCUGCGGCAGACAUGUUCAGUCUGGGUAUGCUAAUAAUCGCACUAUACAACUCACCGCACAAGAGCCCUUUGGAAUUCAAUGGAAGCUCUUCCUCCUACAAGCGGGCAUUCUCUUCCUCCUCCUCAAUUCCAAGUAAGACGAACAACUUCAUGGCUUCACAACCAUUGCCGCGAGAUCUCGCAAACGGUGUCCUAGAUCGCUUGAUAACGCGGCGGCCGGCGCAACGACUGGACGCCCGAGAGUUUCAGCAAGCACAAUACUUCGACAACAUCCUCGUAUCUACCAUCCGCUUUCUUGACUCCCUUCCUGGAAAGACGCCCAAUGAGAAGUCACAGUUCAUGCGUGGUCUACCACGUAUCUUGAACCAGUUCCCCAAAUCUGUACUCGACAAGAAGAUAUUGCCUGCCCUGCUUGAGGAGAUGAAGGAUCGGGAGCUGCUCACUCUGAUACUCCAAAACGUCUUCAAGAUUGUCACCAUGCUUCCAUCUGGCAAACGAGCCUUUACUGAGAAAGUGAUACCAAAGUUGCGAGAGAUAUUCCUGACUGCCGCAGCUGCAAACACGAAAGCGCCACAACAAGAGAGGGAUAGCCUCAAAGAAGCGGGACUUAUGGUACUCCUUGAAAACAUGCAGAUCGCUGCAGACAACUCCAGCGGCAAGGAGUUUAAAGAUGACAUACUCCCAAUCAUCAACUACGCCCUCGAAUCUCCCACUCACUCGCUCGUUGAUGCAGCACUACGUACGUUGCCUAUUGUUUUGCCGAUUCUCGACUUUUCGACCGUCAAGAACGAGCUUUUCCCUGUAAUCGCCAGCAUCUUUGCCAAAACCAGUAGUAUGGGCAUCAAAAUCCGCGGUCUAGAGGCAUUCAAGACACUCUGUGGAGGAGGAAACGAACAGCAAGACGACCAAGGAGAUGGUCUUACUGGAAUGGUAGCAGCACCCAAGGCCAAGAGCUCGAGCGUAUCUAUCCUCGACAAGUACACUAUUCAGGAGAAGAUUGUACCACUGCUUCGUGGCAUCAAGACGAAGGAGCCUGCUGUUAUGAUGGCUGCGCUAGAUGUCUUCAAGGCUAUCAGCAAUCAAGUUGACAGCGACUUCCUUGCUAUGGAUGUGCUUCCUAUACUAUGGCAGUUCAGCCUGGGACCUUUGCUCAAUCUACAGCAAUUCCAAUCGUACAUGAGCCUCAUCAAGAUGACGUCUGCGCGUGUCGAGAACGAACAGACACGUAAGCUGCAAGAGCUCGGCGCAAACAACUCCACAGCUACCACACGCAACGAGUUCAUGUCUUUUGGCGGCCCAUCAGCAACCAAUGGCUUCGACACUAGCAACGGAAACGGAGAUACAGACUUCGAGGCGCUUGUGCGUGGUGGACAACAAGGGUCAUCUGGCGGCACAGAUAUGCUAGGUGGGGACCCAUGGGCAAACGCCUCAGCAUCCACUACAUCUUCCGCUGUCCUCCCCUCACGACCGUCCACCAAUCGAACAAGAUCCAACAACGCAUCACCAGCAGCAACCUUUUCUUGGUCCACACCCCCCGUCUCCCCACCACCAACCACCAAUCUCAGCGCCCCAAAACCACAAAGCAGAGCCAUAACACCAGACAACACACUAAACACACUCAACUCCUCUUUCCCCGCCCUGAGCGCCGCAAACCCAGGCAUCGGUAGCACCUCCUUCACCCAGCCUCAACAACAACAAGUCCGGCCAGCCAUGAGCAUGAACAACAUGAUAUCUCCCACCUCCACCACAACACCCUCGUAUACCAAUAACAUGCAAAGCCCAGGUAUCGACUGGAGUAAAGCAGGCAACUCGUCAAUGGCCUCGAACAAUUGGGGCGGUAUGGGUACAUCGAAUAUUAAUACAAACACAAUGUCAAACUCCAUGUCGAGCUUCCCUUCUAUAGCACCACCACCUUCACAAUCACGGACGCAAUCCCCUUAUUCGUCUUUCAGCAUUGCGCCUCCGCCGUUGAAACCGGCAGGUGCGGAGGUGCAUUCGUUGCGUAAAAUGGCGUUGAAGUCGUUCUUCGGCGGCAAGGCGUCGCCUACCGACACCACCAGCCAAAGCAGUAAUGAAAGAGUCGCAUUGGAGAAAGAGAAGGGCUACGACGCUGAAGCAGCAGGAGGAAUCCUACCUACCUCCGCCGACACCGACUCUGACGCCAGUAUCACUAUUGGCAGACAGAUCGAACUGGAAGCCAACAAUGCCAUCAAGUACCGCACUUGCAGUUGGCCAAAGACUGCGGCGCUGUUGUUCUCCGAGUACAUCUGUCUGGCCAUCAUGUCCUUUCCAUGGUCCUACUCCAUCCUUGGCCUCGUUCCGGGCUUGAUCUUGACUUUUGUCAUUGCCGGUCUCGUCCUGUAUACGUCCUUGACUACAUGGGAAUUCUGCAUGCGCCACCCCCAGAUUCGCGACGUCUGUGAUAUUGGCCAGAUGCUUUUCUGGAACAAGAAAUGGGCCUUCUACGCGACAGCAGUCAUGUUCGUCCUCAACAACGUAUUUAUCAUGGGUCUGCACUGUCUCGUUGGAGCCAAGUGGUGGAACACUAUCACUGGACAUGGUACUUGCACAAUCGUCUUCGCCGCCAUAACCGCCAUCAUCUCAUUUGCGGCUUCUCUCCCUCGAACCUUUAGCACCUUGGCCACUCUGGCGACUGCGUCCGCCGCCUUCACUUUCAUCUCCGUCAUCCUUGCGGCAGCAUUUUCCGGUGUUGACGGUAAGCCCGCAGGCUACCCAAGCGAAGGCGAGCUGCAGGUUUACGCCGUACCCCCAGCUGGAACCACUUUCGUAAUGGGCAUGAGUGCCUUUAUGAAUAUUAGCUAUACCUUUAUUGGCCAGAUUACCCUUCCCAGCUUCAUUGCUGAGAUGAAGGAACCCAAAGACUUCCCCAAGGCACUCUGGGCUGUCACCAUUUGCGAGGUUCUCGUAUUCAGUUUGGUUGGAGGCGUUGUGUACGGUUACACUGGUACCAACUACAUGACCUCCCCGGCCUUUGGCUCCAUCUCCAACGAAGUCUACAAGAAGGUGUCUUUCACCUUCAUGGUACCCACAAUCAUCUUCCUCGGUGUUUUGUAUGCCUCGGUAACAGCUCGCUUUGUCUUGUUCCGCAUCUACGGUUCUCAGUCCCGACACAGGACCGGUCACACCGUUGCUGGAUGGCUCACAUGGAUCGCAAUCCUUGCUGUGCUAUGGGUUUUCGCCUUCAUCAUCGCCGAGGUCAUUCCUUUCUUCUCCGACUUGCUCUCGCUUAUGAGCUCCCUGUUCGAUUCGUUCUUCGGAUUUAUCUUCUGGGGCGUAGCGUACAUUCGUCUUCGCAGGGAGAGGUGGGGACCGGACUUCUGGAAGACACGUGGGUUCCGUGGAUACGCCGGGUUUUUCUUCAACAUUGUACUUUGCCUCAUUGGCCUAUUGUUCUUGACUGCGGGUACAUACGCAACUGUCCAGUCCAUCAUCGACGGCUACAAGGCUGAUGGUUUUGGUGGACCUUUUACUUGCGCCGACAACGGCUUGUAG